UGCGGGAUCUAAGGAUAUUAAGAAUAAAACAUAUUCCUAAUACGAUCUCAUUUAUUAAAAAUAUAUUUCAUUCGUAAGAUUAGAUUUUCUAUAUUUAAAUUUAAUCGAAUAUCAAUACAAAUAUUGAACCCUGCUUGAUAUUUGCAAAAUAUGAUGGGCUUUGCCGCUCCUUGCACUACUGCCCAAACAAUGUUCUCCAAUAACUAGCAAACAGCCCACUGCUUUCUCACUUGCCCCACACUGCCCCCACUCCGUCCGCCUCCUCUUAUGUGUGUCUCUUCUUCCUCCUUCACAUUUUUGCAAUCACACAAAUCUCCAUCAUCUCUCAAUCAACUACAAGAAUCUCAUAUAUAUAUAUAUAUAUAUAUAUAUAUAUAUAUGUUCCAUUUUAAACUUUUAGCCUAGUUCAAAAUAUUAAGAUUCAGUCCUUAUUAAACUUCAGUAGAAACCAUUUAUGGAACAAGAAACAGAUCAUAUGAUGGACAGUACGAGGAGCAUCAUAUUCGGGAAGUACGAGAUGGGAAGGCUAUUAGGACAAGGAACAUUUGCAAAGGUUUAUUAUGGAAGAGAUAUCAAAACAUCAGAAAGCGUGGCGAUUAAGGUAAUCAACAAAGAUCAUGUGAAAAGAGAAGGUAUGAUGGAGCAAAUCAUUCGAGAAAUAUCUGUCAUGAGAUUAGUUCGACAUCCAAACAUCGUGGAACUCAAAGAAGUCAUGGCAACGAAGCAAAAAAUCUUUGUUGUUAUGGAGUAUGUUAAAGGGGGUGAGCUUUUCGCUAAGGUUGCUAAUGGGAAACUUAAGGAGGAUGUUGCAAGAAAAUACUUUCAGCAGCUGAUUAGCGCGGUUGAUUUCUGUCAUAGUCGAGGUGUAUAUCACCGCGAUUUGAAGCCUGAGAAUUUACUUCUCGAUGAAAAUGAGAACUUGAAGGUUUCGGAUUUUGGAUUGUCAGCUUUGUCUGAGCAGUUCAGGAGUGAUGGUUUGCUUCAUACACAGUGUGGUACUCCAGCUUAUGUUGCUCCUGAAGUGCUUAGGAAAAAAGGGUAUGAUGGUGCUAAAUCUGAUAUUUGGUCUUGUGGGGUUAUUUUAUAUGUUCUUUUAGCUGGUUUUUUACCAUUUAAACAUGAAAAUUUGAUGAAGAUGUAUAGGAAAGUUUUCAAAGGAGAAUACGAAUUUCCUCCCUGGUUUUCUCCUGAAGCCAAGAAAUUGAUUUCGAAGCUUCUGGUUUCUGAUCCUGAAAAGAGAAUUACAAUUGCUGCUGUAACAAGAGUCCCUUGGUUUCUCAAAGAGUUUAGUCGAUCAACUUCGUUCUCAUCAAUUGACGAAGAAAAUGGUAAUCAGAAACAGGAGAGUACUAAAGAACCAAACAUGGUAAGUAGAACAAAAUCAGCUCCCCCUUUUUACAAUGCAUUUGAAUUCAUAUCAGCAAUGUCUUCGGGAUUCGAUUUGUCAAGUCUUUUUGAGGGCAAGAGGAAAUCCGGUGCACUGUUCACAUCCAAAUGUUCAGCUUCUAUGAUCAUGUCAAAGCUGGAAUCUUUAGCCAAGAAAGUGAACUUUCAGAUUGUGUCUGCUAAGGAAUUCAAGGUGAAGAUGCAAGGAACAUCGGACGGGCGCAAAGGGAAAUUAUCAGUUAUGGCUGAAGUGUUUGAAGUUGCACCAGAAGUGGCUAUUGUUGAGUUCUCCAAAUCUGCUGGAGACACCUUAGAGUAUACGAAGUUUUACGAAGAAGAUGUUCGGCCUUCACUCAAAGAGAUUGUUUGGACAUGGCAAGGUGAGAAUAAUGGCGGAGAUUAAAACUGUAACGCCAGUUACUCCACCUAAAAUAUAGGUACUUGUUGGAGUUAUAUGGUCCUAAUACAAACCAUAACUUAUACUUUCGUUUUGCUUUAUUUCAGUUGUAGAACAAUUUUGUUUACUGUUAUGGUGAAUUGCUUCUUCUUUGGUCAAUGAUAUGUAAAUAUACUUUGCAAGUUAUAUGGGUAUUUUUAAUCUCACUGGAGUUAUCUA